GCUAGCGGGCACGGAAGCAGGGCAGACAGGCAAACAAGCAGGCCAGGCAGACAGCUUUCUUGUUCCGAGGACGGCGCUCCUGGUCGCGCCGUCUCUCUUUUCUACCUCCAUUGCGCUUGCUCUUCCUCUCCCUCGACUCUUCACCACCCCUCUCUCAUCCUCAGUCAACUCAAUCGCGCUCUCAUUCUCUCCCUUUCUCGCUUCCACCCUCUCUCCAGUCUCUCUCUCAUGCUCAUACCGCACGUACCGUUGAGAGCCUCUCCCUUCCCCUGCUGCGAUCUUUCUCUGCCUCUCUACCCUCUCUCCUCUCCUAACCUCGAGCGGAUCGGGCGAGUCCACUAGGCUUGCGAGGGGAGUUUGGCAGACCUCGGCUCUAGUCGGCCUCGAUCCGCGGAGUGCGUUAGACGCCGCUAGUCGAUCGCUCCGGUUCACGUAUAAUCGUUACCCGUGGCCAUCGUGCAUACGUCGCAAGGCCUGCAAACGUCGUCGCGCAUUACCUGCGCAUAGCCGCGGUCCGCGGCAAUCCGUAUUGCGACCGGUUUACGCCUUCAGCUUGGGACGCACUCGAUCAGCGUAUAUCCGUACGACGGCCAUGUUUGGUGUUUACGACGUGAGGGGGAAUCACUGACGUCACGCACGAGCAAGCGAUUUUGCCCGAACGGUGCGGCGACCACGAACGACGAUCACGACUACGACGAUAACGGCAGCACUAGCAACGACGUGAAACGUGCACCGCCACGCCGGUAGCCACCGAUACAUACGAGUACGGUAGCCACCGUUAUUUAUGAAAAACUUCCACUGCGGAAGAUUAGUCGGAGCAUUUUACAAAACGGCAUAACCAUUUUACUCACUGCAUCGCGCGUCAUCCAUUCCGGCUCCUUUUCCGAUGGAAUACGCAUGUACACAGACUUCACUCGCCGUGCACAUCGCUCGUGCUGCAACUACUGGCCUUUCAAAAAACAUCGUGUCCAUUGCCAUCUUCUGCUCUUGCGUUUCUGCCGUGGUGCCUCUGAAAUAACAUCCCUCCUAAAUGCCGAGCCGCAUUUCGCCGCACGACAGAUCGUUGUGAAAAGUACACUAGGCGAUGCCGAGAGUACUGUCGCGCUGCAUCAAUAAACGACACGUUUCGCGACCGACGACGCAUCGGCGAUGUGUGUCGCAAGGAUGCGAACUGACUGAUUGUCACAAGGAAAUAUAAAUAUAAUCACACCACGUGGUAAUUGUGCACGUGUCUUACGUGUAUUAUUCGGCGGCGCAUGCUAGUACCUGUGCUCCGCUUGAAGGUGCGGUCGAUUGCUUUUUCCACGAUAUAUGUGUGUACAGUGGUUUCCCCUGAUUUCCGCGUGUGUGCCGUGAUCGAUCUGCCGUGCAGUUGUGUCGAUACAUAUGGUGUUUCGCAGGAUACCGCACGCGACACGCAAUUAUAGACUAACCAGAAGUUUUCACGCCCGUUUGGAAUAUCAGGAUUAAGGAUUACUAGAGAAGCCAUGGAUCUAGGCGAUAGAGUUUACGCCGCGGAGCGGAUCACGAAGAAGAGGGAAAAGCGGGGCAAAGUCGAGUAUUUUGUCAAAUGGAAAGGAUGGAGCAAAAAAUAUAAUACAUGGGAGCCAGAGGAAAAUAUUUUGGACGUGAGGUUAAUCGAAUUGUAUGAGGAAAGUCAAAAGGGCAGCGAUGUGCCCGCUAGAAGGCCGAGGCGAAGGGAUACCAGAUAUAGCGAACAGGUGCUGGCCAACCUUGUCGUCGAGGAAGAACCCGGUGGAGAUGAAAGAGUAGGCGAAGACAGUCAGGACGAAUCGACGACGGGCAGCACCUCAGCCCCUCGUUUAAAUUCAGUAGCGCCUGAUGAAGACACACUCCCGAGUUCCUUGGACGGCCAUGAGUCUCCAACACCGCCGGAAAUGGCGUCGACGUUCAGCGUCGACUCCGACAGCUCCAACAGCAGCGUUGACAUACCUCUGUUGCCAAGGAGAGAAAGAGAGUUGCCUGCUGGCACGAAGAGGAAGGCGGAGGUCCUCAAGGAAUCUGGAAAAAUUGGCGUGACAAUUACUACAAGCAGUCCUAGUAGUGGUAGUGGUAGUCCGCCGCCGAGCAAAGUUCCUCGGUUAUUGCCUUUGAAAAAUAACCCCACAACGCCUUCUUAUCACAGUCACAAAGUCAACGGUAGAAGGCCGUCGUCUUCCAGUGUGAAGUCGACACCAGAAGAGCCUUUACCGGCAGUGCCGACGACGCCGGCACCCGCAGUACAGGACAAAAAACGUCCUGAAGCCGAUCUACCUCACGGCCCGCCGCCUUCUCUUCCACGUGCACCACCGGCACCGCUUUCUCCUCAAAUAGACACACCUUUGGAGCAACCCGUGACGAAGAAGAGGCACUUGUCGGAGCAGAAGCAGGAAAAAUCGAACGGCGCGGUUGCCACUGACAAAGCGAACGGUCACAAGUCACCCAGUCCCACAGAUUCUUACACCAACAACAACAGGUUACCGACCGUUGUGAACGGGCAUCACAGUCAUAACAAUAAUAACAACAACAAUAACAAUAACAAUAACAAUACUCCGAGCGUUAAGCAGACAGAAAUUCUGAAACCAGAGGUCUACGUUCCACUUAUAAGUCCCGAUACGGAUUACUGGCAGGCGAGGAACCCCGUGGCCGAUCAAGUAUUUAUCACGGACGUUACCGUUAACUUGAAGACCGUUACCAUCAGGGAGUGCAAGACUGAAAAGGGUUUCUUCCGUGAGAGAGAUCCCAAAGAAACCCUUUGAACCUCAAGAACGAUAUCCAUUAACAAUUCUGCCUCGGAAAUAUCUGCUCUGAGUUGUAUUGAACGAUUGUAAAUAUAAAUUAUUUUCGCAUGUCGGAUAUUAAGCCGAGGAUGUAAUGGUACCAAGCAAGUUUAAACUUUUUUAACGAUUGAUAAAGAUGACGUCACAGUGCGCGAAGGCAGUCGGAGGAAGAGAUCUGUUUGUCCUUAUGCUUCAAUUGAAGGCCUCCAAGGCCUUCGAAACUGGACACUGAACUACGAACUUGGAUACUAGAAGCAAAAUCGAUUGAUUAUAAAUCAGAGACUAAAAUUCGUGAGUUUUUAUCCAAACUGAAAAUUAAGCACCAACGAUCAUUGGCGAACAAUGUGUCCGCAUGUGCUGCGAAUCUAUGUAAAUUGAUUGUAAAGACAUUAGUGAUGUCAGUAUGAGUUUAUUGUCGAGUAUACGUUAUACCUGCAGUCGUAUAUAUACUUGUAUAUUUUAAAAUGCUUAGUAGAUUUUAAUCACGCUGAAGAUCUGGAAAAUUAGAGGAUAUUAUAUCUUCUAGUUGAUUUUAUUAUUUGCUUAUCUUAGAACUUCGCUAAGGGAAUACUACAAAUAAAAUCUUUAACUUUCGUUUUUACUACGAGAUAUAUAUACCAGAUAUAUCUAGAAAAAGUAUUUUUCUAAUUCGUUUUUAGGAUAUCGAAACUGCUUCGCGGAAGCGAUUCGGGGGGAGAUGUUCCGAGUUAUUCUAAAGUAGUUUUCAACGUUUACGAAGUUGUAUCUCAUUUAUCGAGGAAUUUUAUUACGCGAAAAUAAAUAGAAUAUCGUGAAAAAAAUUAUGUAAAUUAGAUUUUGAACGUACGUACGAAAAUGUAAAUGUUUGGACAAGAAUUUCGACGAAAUUUGACAUUUGAUUUGUAGAAAGGCACAAUUAUGCACAGUAUUUCAACCACCAUCGGUGGUGAUGCGUUCCUUCUCGGUUUCGAUGCGACAAGCAUACUAACUCGCGAUAUCGUUUAGCGACAAAUGCAUUUCCGUGUCAUCGACUGCUUCGUUCGAUUCUGAGAUUUUCUCACUUCACUUUUAUUAAUCGAGUAUUUUAUUUAUAGCGUAGACUGUCGUACAUGUCGAUUUUGACAAUCUCGCACUAAGAUCAUUGCAUAUCUUAGUGAGUUUAAUUUUUUGUAGAUUUUUUAUAGAUCGUUAUAUACAAUACUACCAAAUGGACGCCUCCCUGGCACGUUCCAAUAUUGAAUUCAGUACAACAACUAAAAUCUGAUCGUAUUCAAACUUAAACGCUUCAAGCGUUGUCAUCUUGUUUCAAUGAUGCUGUAUCGUGCAUUUUGCGCGCGUUUUCACAAUUGGUGUGAACACGACACAAUUAUAUCUCGACAUUAUCCAAAUUUUGUACAGUAUUGAGUAAUUUUUCUCAUUAUCAUUAUCUUACAUAUCGCUUUCUUUAUUUUUUUUUAAUUCUUUAAACAUUCCUAUU